AUCGCUCAAUUUAUUUUUUUAACUGAUAUUUAAAAAUUGUUAUAGCUAAUCUGCUGUAUGGCUUUUAUUUAAGCCUUAAAUUUUAAAGGUUGAUUUUUUUUCCUAAUAAAUGUUUUUUUUUAAAAAUGAUUGAGAAAUUUUGAAAUGUUGUUGUUAUUGAAGUAAUGUAUCCAUGUCUUACAUAGAUAUAGUGCCUUACACUUCAGUAUUCAUUGAUGCCAAUUGGAGCGAUUUUAUCAAAUCCGCAUGGUGGUGCACAACAAGCUCAAUCAGCGAUGAACCAAAAAUCAUAAAAAGCAUAGAAGAAUUAUUGAUAAACGAGGUUAACCCAAACUUUGUGCUGCCAUGUCUGUCAGUCAGAUCAGGACUUGAUCUCUUCCUCCAGGCAUUCAAAUUUCCACCCGGUUCCGAAAUCAUCAUGUCGGCCAUGAACAUCCCUGCCAUGGUCGAAAUUGUUCAUGAGCACGGUCUCGAAGUGGUGGCCCUAGAUAUCGAUGCAACCACAAUGAAACCCAAGUUGGAACUCUUAGAAUCACUGAUCACUUCAAAAACAAAAGCAGUAAUAUUAGCCAACAUAUAUGGCAGAGGGUACGAUUUAGAACCUUACAUUGAAAUUGCAAAACGUUACAAUCUUCUGGUUGUUCAAGACUGGGCUGAAGGAUUUACUGGUUUAAAUAAUUUUGGAAAUCCAAAUGCCGAUUUGAGUUUAUUUAGUUUUGGGCCCAUUAAGUAUUGCACAGCAUUUGGUGGGGCCAUUGCGAAAAUCAGAGAUGAGAAUGUUUACUACAGGAUGAAAAAUCUAUUGGAUGCAUAUCCCAGGCAGACGCAUGGCGAUUAUUUGCAUAGGAUCAUCAAAUAUUCCAUCGUUUACAUGCUCCUAAACUGCCCAAAAAUAGUAAAACCUGGCUUGUACAUAUCAAAAAAAUUAAGGAUGGACAUUAAAGAAAAAGUCAUUGGCCUACUUAGAGGUUUUCCUAAUCAGAUGAUGCUUAGAAUUAGGCAGAAGCCUUGCUUGGCCUUACUAAAGACUCUCCUCAUGAAGUUGAAAACUUUUAACUUUGAAGAUUUUAAUCAAUCGUUUGUGAAAGCCAGCUAUGCUGUCAAUCAUAUGCCUGCUAACGUUCAGCUGGUGGGCAUGAAGGCCGAAGAGAUGAAUUUCUGGCUCUUUCCUAUUAUCGUUGACAACCCGGAUGAAACGAUAAAGAUACUAAACGAAUUAGGAGUCGAUGGUUACAAGGGGGCCACCCAACUCAACUUUGUGACGUCAGAUCGGCCAUCUACGGGCCUGCUGCCGCACUACACUAACUUGUCGCUGCCUAUUCAAAAUAUCGAUACAUCAGUAAAUGAUUUAUGUCGAGGUUUUGUUAGGUCAUCAGGGAUAUGUUCCAAAGAUUCUGAAUAUUAUGAUUCCAAAACUACUGAUUGUAAGCAGGGCUUUAAUAGUAUUUGCAAUAUUAAUAAUAAUAACAAUAUAAAUAAUAAUAAUAUAAAUAAU